AUGGCUGCUACAGAUGACCGAGAUCCAUUUGCUGAUCUCGAAUAUCGUGUACAAAAUCCAAAAGUGAGCCAAGACGUUAUUAAUAGAAAUUCUGGAAUUAAUAUAUUAAGUAAACAGCCUAUAUCGAAAGCAGUACAAUUAAAAGCAGAAAACUAUGAUCUUUGGUUUCAAAAUGAACGUUUAACAGAAGAAAAUGGUGCUUUGGGAAUUGAAUUGGGCAAAUUACAAGAUAAACAUGAUAAACUUAUGUAUUUAGCCCGAAAUCGUUUAGGUGAAAUACGUUCGAAAUAUCAACGUUUAGAACAAGAUAAUCAAACAUUAAAAACAGAAUUAGAAAAAUUAAUAAGAGAAUAUGAAGCAACAAGAAAAUUAGUUGAAGAUUACAGACGUAUGGAAGAAAGGUUUAAAACUGCUGAUCGUGAAAUGCGUUUGAUGAUUGAUACAUUAACACGAAAUAAUGAAGAUUUAAAAGGUCAAAAUCAAGCAUUAAUUAAUGAAUUAGAAUUGUUGAAAGAAAAAUACUAUAUUGCUAAGCAAAAUUUAGAAAAAUCGAUGCGUGAUGGUGGAAUGUUAAAAGAAGAAUUAACAAAAGCUGUUUAUACUCGUGAUUCACUUGAAAAAGAACUGGCACGAUUAAAUGGAAAAGUAAA